AUGGGUUCCCUGUGUUUGUGUCUUGAUUUGCAUUCCCUUAUCAUUUUGAUUAACCACAAAGGCUGUAACGUAAACAUGUCAGUCGGCAAGGUCGCUAUGGUGGGUGGCGGUGGAAGAGUUACUGUUCCGCGAAAAUACUUCCGCGCCGCGGUUCGUGGUCUUCAGCACGUCCCGUGGUGGUGUCAAAGCGACGCACGGACCUCAGCCACCGGCAAGCAUCCGCUAGACGAAGCUCUGAAGUGUGCGGCAACUUUUCAGAGCAGAUCAUUGAAGCAGUGGGAAGAUGCAUUGUCUGUUUCCAGUCCUUACCGAAGCACCGACCACCUUGCGGCAGGUAAAGCGGUAGUAACAGCACCCGGCACUACCAUAACUCUGCAGAGCCUCGCUGAUUAUGACGGUGGCGAAGCGGAGGACCAGGAGGAGUCGCACGAGGUGUCUGCGGCGUUUGUUGAAAAACAACAGGCAAAGUUGCACGCCAUGUUGCAGCAAUGGGUCGCCUACUGUGCAUUCCACUGUACACGCGCGGAGUUCGCUGCGAGGCAGUCGCUCGUGGCACAGCGACUUCUUCUCUCCCCUCUGGGAGUCUUGCCAUCAAGUGCGCACCACCAAGUGGGUUCGGCUCGUUUGGAGAGGACUUUGCGGCGCCGUGGGGCCCGCGCUUACGUUGAUUUGCUCGUUCACCACCAGCUACCCAUGCAGCAAAAGCAAGAAUGGGAUGUAUUGUGCUCGGUUUGGUCCUCCGUGGGGGAAGGACUCCGACGUCAGGGCCUCACCGCCUCUUCAGCAGCUUCCGUUGUAAGACUCCCCUUUACCCAAGAAGCAGUUGAUGAACCGUCGUGGGAAAGAAGUUUGGCUGUAUUAUCGUGGGCAAUGCACUUUAAAGGGGGAAAUCAGUUCCAUAUACCCUCUUCUGACAUUGCCAUUGUUCUCCAUCAGUACAUCCAGAGCUUGGAGGAUCGCGUGCAAGGGCCCAACCCUCAACAAAUGCCCGUCACAGAGGAACAGGCCGUUAUUCAGCAGCUUCAGCAGUGGUGGAACUCUGCGAGGGAAGCCGAGCAGCGCGACGCAGGGUUGGCGGCGGCAUGUGGAUUAGACCGUACGGCUUUUAACUCAAUCCAUGUGGAAGGCCGGAAGGUAACCCUCUGUUUAUCUGACAAGGAGUUGUCGAAAAGCACUGCUGCGUACGCAGAGUUGCUGUUGCAGGGAAGGUGGGAGGACGUUCUUGAGCACAUUCGACUCGUGGCCACCAAUGUCGCUUCCGGUCCUUUCAGUCGCGAUAGAGGCGCGGAUAGAAGGCAAGGUGACGAUUUAUCCAACCAGCGAGCGGCUGCUGCAGGUGAUUGUGACGAUGACGAAGGGAAGGAGGAGAUUGCACUGAUUACGGACGGCGGUUUUGGUGAUGUUUUCUUCAGCAUUGGAUCGAACGUAACUUCGUGUGGCUCGUCAACUACGGAUGCGCUUGUCGCGUUGUUUAACACCCCACGUCCUGUAUUUCUGAAAAGCAAAGUAUGGGCCCGGUCGUCUUCUUCCCCGCUGGGAAAACCACCGCGUGAGUACCUUCUAGCAUUGGAGACACCACUUGAGACGGUGUUGCUCCAAAAGCCUCCAGUGGUUGGGCUUCGGACCCGUGCUUUUGCUACACGGAGUGACGGGGGCACAAGUGGGAUAGGAUUAAUGGGUAAAGUGAGUUGCAGUGAUUGUUCGGAUAAGCAGUUGCAAGAGAGUGGGGAGUGUUUAAGGGCGACAUCUGCCGCGCUGGUUGAGCUGCGUCGCAAGUUAUGGAUACUAAGGCAACUUCCCCGGCAUCUUUCGCGUUCAUUAGUCCGCUUUGAGGGUGCUGGUUCCUUCAUGGUGCCUUAUCUAUUGCGGUGCCCCGCAAAGGAGCUCCUCCCUUGGUUUCUGCUUAGCAAAGUUGCCUCAGCACAUUCCAGGCAUCAGAACCAAGAGAAACUUGAGGAAGCUUUCCGUGACACCCGCUUGCAUGUCCUUUAUACACUUUUCUUACCGCACGCUCAUUACGCUGCGUUUCAAGAAUACUGUGCAGACCUACUCCUGCAGGUGGGAAGUUUGAUUGUACCACUAGAUGUUCUUCGAGUGGCAGUACGAGUUCUUCUUCAACCUCCGUCGUUCGACCACUUCUACGAUGUGUUGCAGGGUCGCCGUCUUCCAGUGGAAGUUGACUGCCGCCAUUUAUGGUCGCGUUCGGUGGAGUCGUCACAUGUAGAGCGAGAGUCUGAUUGCUCCACUUCACUGACGCCUUCGUGUUUGAGUCUUUUAAAAGAGUUACAGGGCGACGCUGCCAAGCGGCAGGCGUUCUUCGUUUGCAAGUCGCAUAGCGCGCGUAACUACCACCUCUCUACUUGGAUUGAAAGCUGCAGUAAAGUGGAGACGCUAUCUGGACUUAUAGGAAUUAUUGCCCGGGAGGUUAAUCUUUAUGGGCCGCCACUUCUGUCUCCAGAGGCUGCCGCUGCGCUGCUGACCGCCAUUGUCAUUCCCCAUAUUGGUGAAAGAGGGGGUGCGAAGUAUGAAGGCUGUGAACAAGCGUCAGAAAUCGGUAAUGACACGUUGCGCAUGCUAGGAGUUGCAUACUUUGUACUACCCAGUGAUAAGGCUUUUGGUGCCGCUCCGUACUUUAAGGGAACUUACAAUGAGAAGUACAUAAUCGAUGACGGGUUUGAGUGGACAACCGACUGGGAUGGUGCUGAAGCACUCCUUGUCGGUCGAUCUCUUCGCCGGGUCACUAAAUACCCUACCACAACAACAGAAUCGUUCUUCCGUGUAGAGUGCUGCUCCACUCAGCAGAUGGUAACAUACCGCGUGCCAAAGCUUCGCUUGCGACUUAUGAAGGUUGACCUUGUUGAGGCAAUACAAUACUUUGAGUGCGGAGUCAAGCGAAUCACGCAGGACGAAGGCGCAAACGACAAAAUAUGUGGAGAAACAGUGGUGGGCGCGGUAGGGAGACCCGCAGUUGUGGCGUACCACUUGCCUUUUGGCGUUGCAGCGGUUGACAAACCUGCGGGUAUGAGCACCACCCUUCAUGUGGGGCACCCUCACUUGCUCGAUUUUUUGGCAGGGAACCUCCCGUGGAAAGGACCUAGUGCGCCCGUGCUGUUUCAGCAUGGACUUGUUAACCGUAUCGACUUGGGUACUAGUGGAUUAGUGCUCGUUGCGGAUACAGAAGCCUCGCUUGAGGAGGCUCGCCGUGCGAGUAUUGUGGAGCGUUGCGUGGAAAAGGUUUACCGGGCGCUUGUUUUGCAUUGUCCCCCACCGAUCUCCCGCAUAGAUACGUCAGAGUGUUGGUACCUCAAUCCAUGUGGGAUCAUAAUGUGCGACGUCCUUGCAAAUGGCGCCGACUUUUCUCUUCAGAUCGCUGCGUACAAUUCCUCGAAGGGAGGCGCCUUGCCUGUAGGGGCGAUGGAUCGGCGGUCAGCCACAACAACAUAUCGUGUAUUGCAGUACUUUCCGAGGAGUGGCGUCUAUUACUUGGAAAUUCAUUUACACACGGGACGUCGUCACCAGAUCCGGCAGCACUUUGCUCGGUUAUGUCAUCCAUUGUUGGGUGACGGCCGUUACAGUCGGCGAGCGCAGGUAGUGGGGGAGGAAUUCGGUUUGCAGCGGCCUGCACUCCAUGCAGUCCGUGUUACACUUACCCCACAACAUGGAACAUCUGCCAAACCACGGGGUGGCGUCGUGGCUCCGCGUGUGGGUGAUGCCGAUUACGAUGAAUAUUGCGGCAACGGAGGGGGAAAGACCGUAGUGGAGUGCCCAGUUCCGGAGGACAUGCGGCUGACUCUAAAAAUGUUGCGGGAGCGUGAGGACCCGGUAGGGUUGGGUGCUUAA